AUGUCCGGGCAACGGAGCGCCACGUCGACAGGGGGAGAUCAGUCGGGCGUCGGCGUCGGCGUCGGCGCCGAGCGUCCACCUAACAUAAGCAUUCGUGCCGGUGCGACGCUCAUCAAGAGCGUUUCCCUAUUUCUGACAAGCGGUCGCAAGGCAUCUGUCAACUCAAAACGGCAAAGCUGCGCGGCGUCCGGCAAGGGCGAGCCGCCGAGGAGAAGACGUCGCAGAAGGAUGACGGAGGGCGGGGGCGGGAGAAACUCCGCGUACAUCGUCAAAGUGAUCGAGUCUCUUAAAAAAAAGACGAGAUUUUCCAGGGUGGAAUUAGACAAUCUCUGCAAAUUUUACAAGAAGUUAACUACCAAUUCCAAUCAACAACAAGUUGAACGAUCAAUAUUCAUCGGUAGAAGGCUACAAUCGAGACCAGCUGUCGAGGGAAUCGACAGAGGUAUUUUUCGAGAACUUCUCCACAAUACAUUUCAUGUGAUUACGGAGGAUACUUUAGUGGAGCGUCUAUUCUGCUGCUGGGAUCGAGAGAUCGAGAGCGUUAUUCGAUUAGAGCCUUGGAUCAUGGGACUUGAUGUAUUUUUGCGAGGCAAUUUACGUGAUAGGAUCACUUUCUGCUUUCGUGUAUAUGAUUUGAACAACGAUGGAUAUAUCACAAAGGAUGAAAUCUUUCAAUUACUUAAAAAUUGCCUGAUAAAGCAGCCUGGUGAAGAAGAUCCAGACGAAGGAGUGAAAGAUUUAUCGGAACUAGCUUUAAAGAAGCUCGACGUCGAUCACGAUGGUAAAAUAUCUUUUCAUGAUUAUGAAAUAGCGAUUAAAGAAGAACCGUUAUUACUAGAAGCGUUCGGACAAUGUUUACCUACAGAAGAAAGCUGUUCAGCCUUUCUGGCGACUCUCCAACCCUGAACACACGCAAAAGAUCAUUUUUUUCUAGAUUUCUGUAAUAAAUACGUUUUAUUAAUAAUAUGAGAUUUUCAACAAUCUCGAUUAGUCACUCUCUAAAAAAAAUUUCUUCUUUUUAUUACAUUUUAUUAUUUAAAGUAAUAUUUAUAAAUGUACAAUAUGUGCAUAUCUGUACAUAAAAGCAAAUCGUCCAAUUGAA